UAUCCGUGAUAUUCUUUGAUGCAAUCUCUUCCCCCCAUGCUCUCUGUUUUCUUUUUAAUAAUAAUUGAAAAGAAAUAUUCUUCACCCACCACAAAAUCAUAAAUACCAUCACCCAGAUUCACAUGAUUCAUACAUACAUGUACACUUCUUGAGUCUGUCACUUUCUUUCUUCAUUGUAUGUGUUUUGUCUUUUUGGUUUUUUUUUUUUUGAAUUUAUUAUUGGGAGGUGGUGAGGGGAUUUAAAGCUAUGUCUGCUGCGAGGUCUUUGUAUUAAUGCUCGAGUCAGUCCUUCGCUUAUUGUCAAGUUGUUUUCUUUAUCAGUAGUUACUUGACAUCUAAGGAACAAAAGGAGAGAGAUGAACAGUUCAGGAGAUUCUUGUUCGUCGUUAAUGGAGGUGGCUUUUGAUCAUCAUCACCAUCAUGGUCAUGAUGAUGAGGAGCUUCAUGUUUUAGCUGUCGAUGAUAAUCUCAUUGACCGUAAACUCGUAGAGAGGUUGCUCAAGAUCUCUUCUUGCAAAGUGACAACAGCAGAGAAUGCGCUUAGAGCAUUAGAGUAUUUGGGUUUGGGAGAUCAAAAUCAGCAUAUAGAUGCAUUGACCAACAACGAUUUGAAGGUGAAUCUAAUCAUUACUGAUUACUGUAUGCCGGGGAUGACAGGUUUUGAGCUACUGAAGAAAGUGAAGCAGGAGUCAUCAAAUCUGAAAGAGGUCCCAGUUGUGAUUAUGUCUUCAGAGAAUAUUCCUACUCGCAUCAACAAAUGUUUAGCGAGUGGAGCUCAAAUGUUUAUGCAGAAGCCUCUGAAACUGUCUGAUGUUGAGAAACUUAAAUGUCAUCUCAUGAACUGCAGAAGCUAGCUAACCAUGAGAGAUCAAAAUGUAGCCCCUAGCUAACCAAACAUUUCAUUGUCUUGAUGAUUCCUUAUUUUGAGUUAUGUUACAAGUUUUUUUUUUUUUUUUUUCUAGAAAUCAAGAAAUGUUUUCAUAUAUAUGCUUAUAGUAAUCUCAAGCUUAUAUACGAAUGAAUACACACAAAAAUUAUCAUAGGAAAUGGUUUUGGUAAUGAAGAUGAUGACGAUGCCUUCUCUCUUCCAACCCUAAACAGCGAAUAAA